CAUUGUCGUACGCGUACACGGCGUUGCCGAAGGUCCAUCUCGAGACGCGACUUAUCACUAGUCGAUUCAAUAGUCACAUGUUUGACUUCAGGGGGCAAAGAGGUCACUAUCCACGACUACCAUAAGAGGCCAUACAAUGGAGUUCGCUCUUCUGCUGUGCUUGCCCCUAUUUUCUGAGAGUAUACAAUGCUGCUUGGCCGCUUUCAAUGAUUACAACAUUAUUGAAGACAGCUUGACAGAUAUAUAAGCCCCCACCGCCACUCAGCAGAUUUCUCAAUCUCUACGCACUUGUCAAUAGCUAGAGUCAUCGAAGCCUCAAAGCCCGAGUCAAACUGGACUCACUAAAUCGUUCACUACAAAUUAUGGACCAACCCAACGGCGCAAGCAACGGCACGAGCAACGACACGAGCAACGAAACCACUCCUAUGAGCAGUGGAGCUCCCGAUACAAACAACAGAGCCAGAGCCGUCUUCGACUCCAGCUUGCGAGCACAGUGGCGUGCACACGUUCGAGACAACCACAUCUCUGCGACGGAACACGUUAGCGAUAUGGAAUUGGACACGAUCUUCAAUCUCCAUGGAGUCGUCUCCUGCUCGUGGCUCUUCUAUCGACUAGCAUUCUACACAUAUGGCGCCUGGGACGAGCGUACUCGAGGCUACUACGAUCACGCCCGAGAGAUGGCCGAUUAUUGUCGAUCGCACUUUGUCAUAAGGCAUUGGGACUCGUAUUUCCAGCGAUCAGCGGUCGAGCAAGCGCAAAUGACCGCGGAUGAGGUCUUUGACGAGUUGCAAGAGGAGGGUAUAGUGGCGGAAAUUGCGGACCGUCAACUAAACCCGCGACGGAACGACCAAGAUCCAGGUCAGUUGUCUCGAUUGCGUGACGGGUUUCGAAGACUUCAGCAGUGGGAACCUCUUGAGAGCACAGGACAGGACUAGUAUGUGAGGAUACACAGGACACUUGCCCCGAUUCUCCACUUAGGUAGCAA